UGAGGACGGCUAGCCAGUGAACCCUCUCAGAAUGGUACAGGAGGUGCAGAGGAAGGAGGAGGAAGGGGCCGUGGAGGGGAGGGAGAAAUGGCGGCAGAACAUCUCAUCUUUGAGUGUACUGACAGUGGCAGUGCUGGUGGGGCUGCCUCUCUGGUGGAAGACGACAGAAGUCUAUCGCUCACCUCUUCCCUACUCUGACAUUCAGAACCUGGCAGGACAACAGGUCUAGCUGUCAGCAGCAGGCACUUUUGUAUGCACCAGUUACUAAGAAAUUUGUAGUCGAGACCUUUUCUGAGACGGAAACACUACUGUUUCAUGAUUUUCCGACCGUCCCUCUCUUUGGUAUUGCAGGCUCCACCAUCACUGGUGUACACGAUAUCGGUGCUGGUACUGACUGAGGAGGAGACAAUGGCCGCCUCUUUCCUCUCCAACCUCCAGACAGAGCUGGCCAACCACACAGUGAGGGCAGGAGAGGCUGAGGUAACGCUGGCUUUCCUCGUACAACCUCUGGAACUGGAUGCUGAGGUGAUAGAGAAAGUCAACGAAGCCGUCAGUUCAGCUGGCGGCACAGGUGUACCGGCGUUAACAACCCUCCUCCCGGCGUCUGCCCCUGGUCAUUACUCCCUCUUGAUUGCCGUGGGAGACAAGCCCCGCCCCUCGAGAGUAAUUAUCGGUGCUGAGCGAUGGGCAUUCAUCCAUACAACAAUUGGCUCGGUACAAGAAGCAGUGACGGCAGUAAAGUCAAUGGUAGUUGACGAACAUCAACUGAAGUGGAGACUUGAGGAUGGGCGGGGCAAGGGGCGGAGUCAGGGGAGAGGGAGCAGGGACACUGAGGAAAUGCGGCAGGUCCGAGCAGCUCAAGGUUACCAGGUGUGUCUCACUCUCGUGGCCCCUGAUUCCUCACUGGCCACUGUGGACUGGAACAUCGAGGACGCCACUGACAGAGUGCUGAUGCCAUUUCUGAACCAUCCUGGGAUAGCAAGACUGGCCAACUUCACCAUCAGCUCUCAGGUGUUCCACUAUACUGACCUCAAGUUCUCUCCUCAGAGGUCAAAGUCCGGAGGCUACUACGUUUCAUCCACAAGCCUGCCUCCAAUGAUCAGCAGUGUGGAAUCAAAACUUGGGUCUCUGGUAUCGCAGCUGCCAAGCCUCAACUUCCUAGUCCUGGUGGCCCCGCCCACCCACUCCCCUCUCCUCAUACGAGACCCGCGAGGAGCUCUCACUGACAAUUUCCUAGUUCCCCAGUGGGGAGGGGUCGUGAUUUUCAGCCCCCCGGGGGAAGAGGAGGGUGGGGAGGAGAUAGUGGUGAGGAUGGAGAAGGUGAUGAGUGUAUUUGUGAGGCAACUCCAGCUGCUACUGGGGGUGCCUAUUACAUCAUCGACCAGUCCCGGUGUGGUACUGGAACGUGGGACUCUGGGAAUGACAGAAUGGCAAUUGGACCAGCUAAUGGUGGGCAGGAUGGUAGAGUCUGUCUCCACGGCAACCACGGCUCUAAUCUCAUUGGUGGAGCUGCUGGACAAGGUGAAGAACAUGGUAAUCAGCGAUGUCAUUCAGAAAGAGGUGAUAGCUUCAUUGGGGCAGCUGCAGGAGUGCUACAGACUGGCAGGAGAUGGGGAACUGGAGGCUGCUCUCACUCUCUCCCAGAGAGCCAUGGUGUCGGCAGAGACUGCGUUCUUUGACCCUUCAAUCCUGGAGCUCCUCUACUUCCCUGACGACCAAAAGUUUGCCAUCUAUAUCCCUCUCUUCCUCCCCAUCAGUAUCCCGAUAGUUCUAUCGUCUGUCACUGCCUUCCGCUGGCUCACUUCAUCUUCCUCCUCCAGACACUCUCUGAGAACCAGUAACUAGACCAAACUUCACUGUCCAGUCACUCAGUAUUGGUCUCUUUUGUUGUUAACACAUCAUACUACUGUAUUAUAGUGUGAGAGUGGUAAGUACAGCAGACCGCUAGAAAUUCAAUUAUAUAUAGCAUUUGGUGCACAGGUUUUCAUAUUACCUAUUCACAUAAUACACUAUUAUAUACAAACACAACAUUCAGUAUUAGUUAGUGUGUGGUGAGUUAGACAGUGCAGAGUGCAGUCAGCAGACAGUGCAGUCAGCAGACAGUGCAGAGUGCAGUCAGUGCGUCAAAGAAUUUCCCACGAUCUUCCAUCUGCAUUUCAAACACUGGACAGGGAGGGAGAGAGGAUGAGAGACAAGAGGGAGAAGGAAGAAGAGUGAGAGGAGGGAGAAGGAG